UUGCAGACGAAGAUUAGUUAACAUUUAUUUAAAAAUGUUCAGCUACAAUACGAGGCUUGGAUUUACCAUUGUGACCUGUGCUAUUAUUCUUUUCUUGUUUCUGUGGUCACAUGACACUGCAAGCUCAGAGCGAACAAGGUUCUUAGUAUUUAAUAGCGAAUCACGUGACAACAUUCCUACAAUUCCACUUCAUAUACAUAACAAUUCAGACACGUAUUCCAGCUUUGUUGAGACGGUGAAACAAAAGUAUGGAAGCGUUAGAUUUUCCGGAAUCUAUUCUGUAAAUGACGAGUUGAAUACGGAAGAGGAAGAGAGGUUCCGAAUAUGUGUUGCCAAUGGACCACGUGACCUUGUUAAAAAUGGUUCCCUGUUUUGGAAGACGGCACAGAUACGUCGUACACAUCACAGUUACCUGUCUAAAGAAGGCGCUGUACUCAUGGAAGUUGGAGGUAACCAAGGCGACGAUGCGUCUGAGUUUGUCCGUCUGUACAACCCUACGUAUCUAAUACUGGAACCACUUGAAAAAUAUGCAAAUUUACUAACAGAGAAAUUCAAAGAUAAUGAAAGGGUCACUGUGCUCAACCUUGGACUUGGCACGAAAAAUGAAGUCGUUAUGGUAAAAAUAGAAGGAAAUAACGCAUGCGCAACCAGUAAGUUUUCCACCGCACGCGGAGAAACCCCAUUGUACGUCACGAAUGCAACGGAAUUCCUUCUCAAAAUUGGAGUGGGUCUUUUUAAUAUAGACCUUUUUACAAUGAACUGUGAGGGUUGCGAGUUUGAAGUUUUAGAAACAUUAUUAUCCACAAAUUUAGUGAACCAUUUACGAAAUAUUCAGUUUGCUACACACAGCAGGAUCAGUGGUCUUGAAAAGCCAAUACAACGGUAUUGCAGAAUCCAACAACUACUGUUUCGGACUCACAGGCCAACAUAUCAAUAUAAACUCAUUUGGGAAAGCUGGAGGCGAAGGGACCUACCGUGAAAAGUUGAUUUGGACAGUGAAUUUAAGUUUUACAAGCUGUGUAGAUCUAAUAUGAAAUACUUUACUGUAAAUCUCAAAUUAUCAAUAAAAAACACGGAAAUAUAUAUACAUGUAAGUGGCGUCUAUUACCGAACAAUCAAAUUCUUGGCAUAUAAAGUGUUCGGCAAUAUCCGCCCUGCUCUAUUAUAAAAUACAGCUUUUUAAGUGUAUACAUAACAAAAACAAAACUGUUACCCCCCACA